UGAUCAGUCAAUGAGUUGUAUCAGUGGUUUAUAGUGGUAUUUUGUUUUGUUUACAAUUUUCGCUAUAAAUUGCUUUAUAAGUCUGUGUAUAUAAAAUGGAUGAAGCUAUUUCUGUGAAACACGAAGGGAAAAGUAUCGAUAUCAAACAGGAAAAACAAGAAAAUACGGAUAGUUUUAAAUAUGAAUUCGAUUCGGGUAGCCAAGAUAGCAGUAAAAGUGGUAGCGGUGGAUAUCAACGUUGGGCGCCUAAUUUGAAUGGAGUCCGUAAAAGCGCAUUUACUCCUUAUAAACCAGCUUGCACUGCACUAACCAACUUGCAGAGAGGUAACACGCAGGCGCGGGUUCCGGAGCUGCCCCAGCCAGAUUACAGCCUGCACGCGAAGGCUGGCCGCGGCGAAAUCACCCGUGACGACUUGAAACUGGAGCAGUAUGUUGACAUCACGGACGAACAUGGUCUCACGGCCCUGCAUUGGGCCGCGAGCUAUGGCCAGCUAAAUAGCUGUCAAGACCUUGUCUGGUGUGGUGCCAAUGUGAACAUGCGGGGUCCGGAGGGGGAGACAGCACUACAUCUGGCUGCAGCAGGGGGGCACCACGAAGUUGUGAAGUUUUUGUUAAAUGAAGGUGCUGCUGCCGACAUACAAGAUGAUUCUGGAUGCACAGCAUUAAUGUAUGCAGCAGCUGCCGAUUUUCCCUACACCUGCAACGAACUCCUCAUAAGAGGAGCUGACCUCACCCUUACCAAUGAUUAUGAUCAAGAUGCUUACACAUUGACCACCACCAAUAACUGCAAACUGGCUCAAACUGUGAUAGAAAACUUCUUGAUUGGCUGCCUUGCCAAAAUGUGAAAACACUGCUCAUGUUAUGUUGCUACAUACAACCGACACAGCACAAUUCAUUUGCCUCCAGGAGUUAAAUGAUAAUACAGGGAUUUAGUUUAUAAUAUAAAUGUAUUGGAUAAUAUAUUUUUAAGUUCAUUAUAUACAAAUUACAUACAUCUUGACCACAAUAACUUAAGAAUAAUUUAAAUACAGACUUGUCAAACCA